UAUGGCAAUUUGAAAGAGUAAAAGUUUGCCAAGCCCAACAAGGUGAAGCACCAAAUUUCCUGAAUGUGAAGAGAGAGACAAAAGUGAACAUUAAGUUGAUUAGACUAUUUAAUAAAUUAGAAAACGUUAGGAACGAGCAAGGAAAACGACCACGUCCUAUUGGACAACUGAAACCGACAAUAAUUCUUUACGGUGAUUCACAUCCGAAAGGAUUAGAAAUUAGUCUGAUCGCAGCAAACGAUCAAGAUAAAGCUGAUUGUUUGACUAUAAUGGGAACUUCUUUAAGAAUUCCGAGAAUAAAAGCUUUUAUAAAAGAAUUUGCAAGAGCGGUUCAUGGUUGUAAAGCUUAUAACGUUCACUAUUACAAAAUCAUUGUCUCAUCUCAUACUGUCACCGGAUAUUGGUUUAAGGAGGUCGUGUAUCAGAUAUUUUCAAAGAACAUUGCUAUUAAAUGUUGUGAAAACGUAGAAAGGGAAGUAAACGAUUUUAGGACUAAACAGACAGAAAGUAAGCACUUUAUUUUGGUAUCUGGUUGGAAAUGGAACCUCAAAAGGAUAGCAAAAGUAGAGUUUACUUCAUCAUCACAUCAUCCAAUUAAUGUAAGAAAAAGAAUUCAAGAAUCCGAGAAACGUUUACGAUUUGCUAAGCAUGUCAAG